CGACCACCACCAAUGUCGAUUGAUCUGGACUGGGAUAAACUCGACGACUCCCUGGCACACAGUCUCGUUGACCUCCUAAACAGGCAGCUCAAAAGCACGCCUCGACCGUCGUUCAUUGGACCGGUGGAGGUUACCUCACUUGACUUUGGCUCCGCUGCGCCAGAUGUCGAGUUGGUUGACCUACGCGAUAUUCACCGUGACUUUCUGGAAGAUGAUGACUCAGAAUCUGGGGGUGAACCUGUCAAGGUCACAGAAGGCGGAGACGAUGAUGAUGGAUUCGAAUGGGUGUCCCGGCGGGCAGCUAACCACGGAGAUGCUUUGGGCUACCACCACUUACCGCCUCAUGUCAGACCCGGUGGAGUCGAUAUGUUUGCAUCAACUCCUUCCCUGCGCACAACGCCUGAUAUCUGGAACGGGGGCAUGAACAGUCUACCAAGUUUAGGCCCCGUUUAUUCGGCCUGGCCAAAUUCACCCAUGUAUCGUUCGCCACUCGCGCCGCCUAUGGCUACCCCACCUCUCCAACGGCCACCAAGCCGGUCUUCCUCUCUCGACUCGCCUUCUCCGUCAGCGGCGCCGCCCCCACCAAAUCCUUCCUCUCCAAAUCUCCAACUGCACUUACACAUGCAUUGGCCCUCCGACUUGCGAAUCACGCUGACGACUUCGCUGCUCAUAAACUACCCGUCGCCCAUGUUCAUGUCGCUCCCCAUCAAGCUCUCUGUCACAGGCCUCGUCUUCACUGGCGAAGUCGCGGUUGCCUACGAAGGCGAGCGCAAACGCGUUCACCUGUGCAUUCUUGACGACAUGGACCCAUAUGGCCCGUCCGCUGGAGUACACAGGCCAAAGCGUGACUCGCUCGACAGCAACAGCACCCCGCCAGACGUGGGCGAGGCGGACUCUUUCGAAUCGGCGUAUCCAAGGACAAACAACAAGCCGCUUCCCAUCGGCCAGCGUCUCCUACCGUCAAUUUACAUCGAGAGCGAGAUCGGCCAGGCGGACAAGCAUGUUUUGAAAAAUGUCACGCGUGUCGAGCGCUUCAUCCAAGAUGUCAUCAGGAAAACAGUCGAGGAGGAGCUCGUAUUUCCCAACUUCCAUACUCUCGUUAUGGGCGAGUCGUGA